AUGGAUGCUAAGGGCUCACUCUUCAUCAGCUUCUCAGUGCUGUUCCUCUUCAGCUUCUUCCAGCGCUCGGCAGCCCACCCCAUCGACAGCCUCAGCCCUGCCAAGGAGCUAGCCAGCAUGGAGACCCUCCUGGAGAGGUUAGAGGAAAAAAUCUCCUUGAUGGAAGAUCUGCAAAACAACCCUGACCUCGAUGAGCCUGAAAGCCAAAGGGAGAGUCUGUCAGAGUUCCCGGAUGGCAGCAACAGCCAGCGGCUUGAGAUGGGGGUCGAGUCCGUGCCCUUCCACUCCGACAGGAGCUCCUUGCUUAAGCGCAUGAGGGGGCUUCAGACUACAAAGAGCAUGAGGGAAUCUGGCUGUUUCGGAAGGAGACUGGACCGGAUCGGGUCAGUGAGUGGCAUGGGAUGCAAAGGGACGAGGCGGAUUUAA